AUGGCGCAUCAACAGUUAAAUCAUGAAGAGGAGCGUAUUCUAUUGCAACCAAUCAAAGCACAGGGACCGUCAGCGGGGAAGUUGAAAAGUUCCAUGCUUUCUGCAUCGUUUAACUUCAUCAACUCUAUCAUUGGAUCUGGAAUAAUAGGUUUACCAUAUGCAUUGAACCAAGCUGGGCUCCCAUUUGGUUUGUUACUAUUGGUUGUGGUUGGAUUUAUUACAGACUACACAAUUAUUCUACUAAUAAAGGGAGGAAACCUCUCAGGGACAAAUAGUUACCAGGCGCUGGUCCAGAGCACCUUUGGACUCCCCGGGUUUUUCAUUCUCUCUGCGCUGCAGUUUCUCUAUCCUUUCAUAGCUAUGAUAAGUUACAAUAUCACAACAGGAGACACACUCACCAAGGUAUUUCAACGGAUACCAGGAGUGGGUCCUAGUCAUAUCCUUGCAGAGCGUCGCUUUGUCAUCUCAGUAAUAACGCUUUUAUUCACUCUGCCUCUUUCACUUUAUCGCAACAUAAAACAACUUGGAAAGGUCUCCUUCUUGUCCAUGGUGCUUACUUUAACAGUGCUCAUCAUAGUCAUCAUUCGAUCUGCAACACUGGGACCUGAAAUUCCUCCUACAGACGACGCCUGGCCAUUUGCAAAGAUUAACGCAAUUCAGGCUGUUGGUGUAAUGUCUUUUGCGUUCAUAUGCCAUCACAAUAGCUUCCUGAUUUACGGGUCCCUGCAGGAGCCGACACUGUCCAACUGGACCAGGGUCACUCAUGUGUCUGUGGGGUCUGCGCUGGUCAUCAGUGCUGUCUUUGCAGUGGCCGGAUACGCCACAUUUACGGGUUAUACUCAAGGAGACAUAUUUGAGAAUUACUGCGGGGAUGAUAAUCUGGCUACGUUUGGUCGCUUCUGUUUCGGCCUGAGCAUCAUCACCACUUUUCCACUGGAGUGUUUUGUCACCCGCGAGGUUCUGUCCAAUGUGAUGUGCAAGAGGGACCUCUCCAGAACAGAGCAUGCGGCCAUGACCUUUGUUAUUGUGGCCGUGUGCACUGCCAUUUCUGUCGUGUACGAUUGUUUGGGAGUGGUUUUGGAGUUAAAUGGGGCUUUGAGUGCCACCCCGCUGAUCUUCAUCCUCCCGUCUGCCUGCUACCUCAAGCUGUCUCCUGGGCGCUGGUUCCACCCCCACAACCUGGCGCCCUGUGUGCUGAUAGGACUGGGGCUGUUCUUCAUGAUCACUGGGCUCACCAUGACGGGGGUCUUCCAGCAGGACUGUUCACACGGACGGGAGAUGUUUUACUGCACAGAUUCCAAUGUCUCCAGUACUCUGUCUCCAUAA